AGCCGGGCUCGGCCGCCAGCACUAAAGAUGGAGAGGCGCCGGGGCCUCGCAGGGGAGGGGGCUCGGCGUUGACGUGGGACGCGGCGGAGGCGCCGCAGCCGGUGGUGAUUUGCUAACCUCGCAGCACAGAGGAGUUGAGGGCGAUGAGAGCGGGUACUGCGAACUGCCGGGCGAUGCCGCCGCUGCCGCCGUGAUACCGAGAGCAACAGUUCCCCAGCAACACCCCUCCCCGACACAGGCACACCCCCUCCAAGAGGCACGCACACCCACCCCACGGCGCCCGGCUCGGCAGUGCCCUCUCCAUUGGCCCAGGAAACCCACCCUGCCCUGCCACGCAGAGCCAGGAAGGAAAGAGAGCCUCAUGCCUAAGCCUCGGGGAGCACCAUGGAUCUGACAAAGAUGGGCAUGAUCCAGCUGCAGAACCCCAGCCACCCCACGGGGCUCCUUUGCAAGGCCAACCAGAUGCGGCUGGCCGGGACGCUGUGCGAUGUGGUCAUCAUGGUGGACAGCCAGGAGUUCCACGCCCACCGGACUGUGCUGGCCUGCACCAGCAAGAUGUUUGAGAUCCUCUUCCACCGCAACAGCCAGCACUAUACUCUGGACUUCCUCUCUCCGAAGACCUUCCAGCAGAUUCUGGAGUACGCAUACACGGCCACGCUGCAAGCCAAGGCGGAGGACCUGGAUGACCUGCUGUACGCAGCUGAGAUCCUGGAGAUCGAGUACCUGGAGGAGCAGUGCCUGAAGAUCCUGGAGACCAUCCAGGCCUCAGACGACAAUGACACGGAGGCAACCAUGGCGGACGGUGGGGCCGAGGAGGAAGAGGACCGCAAGGCUCGGUACCUCAAGAACAUCUUCAUCUCGAAGCAUUCCAGCGAGGAGAGUGGGUACGCCAGCGUAGCUGCUCAGAGCCUCCCUGGGCCCGUGGUGGACCAGAGCCCUUCCGUCUCCACCUCAUUUGGCCUUUCCGCCAUGAGUCCCACCAAGGCGGCAGUGGACAGUUUGAUGACCAUAGGACAGUCUCUCCUGCAGGGGGCUCUUCAGCUGCCUGCCAGGCCUGAGGAGCCGACGCUGGCUGGGGUUGGGCGGCACCCUGCGGUGGCCGAGGUGAAGCCGGAGAUGAUGCAGGUGGAUGAGGUGCCCGGCCAGGACAGCCCUGGGACAGCCGAGUCUAGCCUCUCAGCCGGGAUGGGGGACAAGGUUGAGGAAAGGGGCAAGGAGGGACCCGGGACCCCAACUCGGAGCAGCGUCAUCACCAGCGCUAGAGAGCUGCACUAUGGACGUGAGGAGAGCGCCGAGCAGCUGCCGCCUCUAACCGAGGUUGGCCAGGGUCCCCCAGGCCGACCGGAGCCCCCCGCGCCCCCCGCUGAGAAACACCUGGGCAUCUAUUCCGUGCUGCCCAACCACAAGGCCGAUGCCGUGUUGAGCAUGCCGUCGUCGGUGACCUCGGGCCUCCAUGUGCAGCCCACCCUGGCCGUCUCCAUGGACUUCAGCACCUACGGGGGUCUGCUGCCCCAGGGCUUCAUCCAGAGGGAGCUGUUCAGCAAGCUGGGGGAGCUGGCAGUGGGCAUGAAGGCAGAGAGCCGCACUGUCGGGGAGCAGUGCAGCGUCUGUGGGGUGGAGCUUCCUGACAACGAGGCCGUGGAGCAGCACAGGAGAGACCUUCCAGAAGAAGGAACUGUUGCAUUUAUAUGUGGACGUGACCAGAGUGCGGAGAGUGUGCGUCCCCCAGCACAGUUUAAAGUGUUUGGGGUCUGUCACCUCUCCAGAGGUCAAAGGAAGCUGCACAGUGGGAUGAAGACGUACGGGUGUGAGCUCUGCGGAAAGCGGUUCCUGGAUAGUUUGCGACUGAGAAUGCACUUACUGGCUCAUUCAGCGGGUGCCAAAGCCUUUGUCUGUGAUCAGUGUGGCGCCCAGUUUUCGAAGGAGGAUGCCCUGGAGACCCACAGGCAGACCCAUACUGGCCAAGAAAAAGUUACGAGCAAAGGGGAAGAAAGCAGAAGUGAGCGAGGAAGACUGCAGAGAGACUGCUCAGUUGGCACUGGGGACCUGGAACGCCAGCGGGGGAGAGCAUGUCCUCUUGUUUUUGCUCGUGGUUGGGAGUUGCCUCUUUGAUACAAGCAUAUCUAGAUCUAUGAAGUUUAACUGUGUCCAGUUAAUUGAAUUUAUAAUUCAGCACCCAAAUGCUGAAAAGAAUUUGUCUUUUAUGUUCCUUAAUGAGUGCUAUAAAAACAAGUGGUGCAUCUAAUUUUAUGAAUGAUCCUUUAUGACUUACCUGAUAACUAGUAGCUGUUCAACACAAAGGACUCAUAACUCAGUCCGGGCCUAAGAUGGCUGCCUGCAGGAAAAGAACUUGUUUUAAAGUUGCCAUCUUGUUCCUCUUGAGUGGCCUUGGAAUUCACCUGUUCCCUCAUCCACUAUCUCCUCUGGUGGAGGAUGGGGCUCAGGUUCCUCAUUCUGGGGGAUUGUGGAGAAGGGUUACCUGGCCUGCCAGCCCGAGAUGACAGAGAAUUCUCACCUCUCCGAGUUGGCUCCUACCAAGAAGGGGAAGGGAAAAACAUGACGGCCCAUCCCAAUCUCUCUCUACUGGCAGACAUUGAGGCCACUUAGUUGUUGCCAGCUGCGCUAAGGAAGAGAAUAGAAACAUAGAGAAAGAGGUACAAGGGCUGUAAAAACGAAUUUCUUUUAUCUUCACCCUACAACAAAGACAAUGAGCCUCGAAAAAAAAUAAGGAGAAGAAAUUUCGGUUAGACGCUGGUGAGAACUUCCUGAAUUGAAAAGAUGUUCUCAAAAGAGACUGUGGCAUCUCCAUCUCUAGAGUGUGCACACAUACAUGUGCUGUUCGUUUUUUAUAGUUUUUCAACAUUUUGUAUUUUUUAGAAGUUGAAUUUAAAUGAUUUUGUGAUUACACACCUUAAGAGUAAUAGAUGUUGGCCAUAAAAUUCAAGCAUCAUCAUGAAUAGAAUUGAAGAAAGGUUGGCUACUCCCAUCUGGUAAGUCAGAGGCCGGGGGCUGGACUCAGUGGCCAGUACCCUGCCCAUGGUGCUAACCCAGAACAGGAAGGGCUUUGGGAGUGAAGCCCUUGAACAGAGCAGCCAGGUGGGGGGUGUGGGUACGUCAUGAAGGAAGGCCAAGAUAAGGCUGUGGUUUGCAUUGCUUAUCACCUUUCCCAGUUUAUCUCAAGUAAGAACAAGGUAAGAACAGGCCCUGCAGCCCUGAGUGAACCUUUUCAUGCGGCUGCUGAGCUGGGAAGAGGACACUCCUCUCUCUCUCCCCACAUCCCUCUCCCUUGUACACACUGCACCUGUAAAGGCUGCAGCUUUAGUAUGUUGGGUGGGGGGACAAAUGCAAAAAAAGUCCCUGAUCUGGGUGCUGAUGGCUUCCUAUCAGAGCGGUGGAUGGAGUGGGGACAUUUGUUGCCAUGAUUUGAGUCUUAACCUCAGCUGGCCUUGUGCCCGGGCUGUCUGGGUGGCCUUCCUUCCUCUUGUCCCCGCCUUCCCUCCCUUGCUACACCCUCACCAGGCUGAUGAAUUGCUCCUGGAGUCAGUAGUGGCUCUGACUUGGCUGUUACCUUUGGUCUGAAGGAGUCUGGGCGAAAGGACAGGGAUAACUAUUGCUCCAGCGCCACAUUUGGAGACUGAUGAACUUUGGCAGGGGAAUGCCCACCCAGCUGGUCUGGAAGAACCUGUUUGGGCCCCAGAGAAACCUGACAAAGCUGGGUGCUGUCAGCCUAAAAACAUGUACACUGAAGGCAGCCUAGAGCACACACGUUCCCUCGGCUUAUGAAGAGUUGGAGAUGAAGGAUGUGUGAAGCAUCACUGCCCCUUCCCUAUGCCAAAUCCAGAUUCUCACUGAGCUGGCAUGUCACUAAAGGACCGCCCACCCCCGACCCCGAUCCCGCCCCGCUCCUAGAAUUUUCAGAAGCAAAACAGCUGGCCAUUCAUUCAUUCAGCAUUCAUUGAGUGCCUACUGUGUGCUAAAUGCUGGGGAUACAAGGAUCGGUAACUCCUGUUGUCUUGAUUCGGGGAACUCAGAGGUGGGAAGACAGGCACGUAAGCAGGUAAUUUUAACGGGCAAUGCUGGGCGCAGUGAUGGAGACGUUUGUACAGAGGGUACUGUGGGCACCCGGAGGAAGGGUGCACCGUAGAUACCCAGGGGACAGAUAAGGCUUCCUGGAGAAGAAGACAUCAUAAGGUUUAAAGCAGAAGUAGAAAUUAGCCAAGAUGAAGGGAGAGCUGGACAGAAGAAACAGAGCCACGCGUGCUUGGAAAUGGUGGUGGUAUGGCCUAAGCGUCACAUCUGAGACAGAUGGGGCAGGUGAGGUUGGAGGGGAAGGCGGGCCCAGACCACGGAGGUCUGGCUAGGCUGUCUUAAGGAGCCUCGGUUUUAUCUGUAGGUGAUGGAGGGUCCUGGGAAGCCUUUAAAAGGAAGUUACAAGAUCAGAUCAGUUUCCAGUAGGCCACAUUGGCAGUUGUCUGGGGUAAGCUCUCGGGGAGACGGGCUGUGUUCAGGAGGCUCUCGCGGGAAUCCUGGUGGGGAUGCUGGUGGCUGGCACGAGGCAGUGCCUUUCUGGGAGGACAAGGAGGGGACACGUACGGGAAGGUCUUAGGUACUCCAACAUUCGCCAGAUUGGGAUGCGGGAGCGGCGGACAAGAAGCCUCUGAGAUGACACCCAGGCAUCUGGGCUGGGUGACCGAGUGGGUGAUGGUGCUGACAGCUGAGACAGAGAUCCAGGAAGUGGGGCGGGAUUGGAGGCAGAAGGUAUGGGUUUCGGGCUUGGACGCGUUGAGGUGAGGUGCCUGUGGAAUAUCCUGGGGGCGCUUGGAUUUAUGGAUUUUGCGCUCAGAACAGAAGUGUGGCUGGAGGCGUGGUUAGUAGCUUCUGAGGGUCACUGAGACUGGGAGAGGAGAGUUCCCAGGGACAGACUGAGGGGAGGGGGCAUCAUGAGCUGAACACCGUGAGGGCAAAUGGCCCCAUUUAGCUGAGGAGGGCCUCAGCCCCCGUCAGCCUCAGGCUUCGCAGGAAGAAGCACGGGCCUGGGCUGCAGAGGGCUGUCUCUGGAGGGCCCUCCAGGCGUGGCCUCUGCGGGGAUUCCCACAGACGAGAGGUGAGGAGGAGCUCCAGGGGCCCCGCACCUGGCAUUCCCGAGCCCCAGGGAGCUCCCUUGACCAGUGCCUUGGCCUGGGGCGGGAGAGAAGAGGCCGUCUGGCUGAAGGAAUAAUCUCGGAACUGCUGGGGCCUUAAAGGGUGACAGGUCUCCCCUCCUGCUCCUGGGGGUGGGAUGUUCAGUCCUCCGUGCAGUUCUGGAAGGUUCUCAGACCAGGCCUUGCCCUGCUGCACAGCCCUUCCUGGAAGUCUCGUCCGGGUGAACCCUUAGAGCUGGUCCUGCUGCCUCACGCCCCAUCCCUUUGCAUGUGUGUCUCUUUUCUGAGGUUUAUGAUGCCUGGUUGUGUCUCAUUUUCUAGAGGGAAUAUAAGCACCCUGACUUCCUUCCAGAGGAAGCCAAGAACAUGGCCCCAUUUGGGUUUAACCUUCCCUAAAACCCCGUCCUCCACUUUCCCUCUCCCACACCGAUCCCUGAAUGAACAUUUCACUGGGGAUGUGGGUCCCACUUUCCCUCGACGCCCUCCUCUGGUGGCUUGGCAUUUUGGGACCAGCUGCCAGAGUGAUUGACAUAAAGCCAAUCUAUAAAUAAAGUCUUUUUCUUUUCUCAUAAAGACUUUGAGGUUGAGUUUGCCUUCAAGGUCAAGAUCAGACCUUUCUAAAUAAACACAUAUCAAAGGAUCAUUAGCAAAG